UUUGGCGUACACGCAGUCCCUAGAGUGGAGGAGACGCUAGCGGGUGAAAGGUCGCGAUGAUCGGCCGCAGUAUGUGAAGUGUGUUGUGGGAAAUACACUGGGACCGAGUACGGACCAUGGUUUCCUUCAGUGCAUCCGAGAUUUCCAGCGAACUUUGAAUUGGAGCGUAACGUUUCACAUUUCAAGUCUACAAGUCUGCACAAGUACGAGGAAACGCCUACAUUUUAUUCAGUGCGACACUUUAAAUGAAGUCGUGUCAGCGGGUGAUCUGAGGCCGCCCCGGUGUUCUCAUGGAGGGUCCAAGCUGAUUUCAGCCUUUUCCUCCUCCCCUCGGCUGCAGCCGAUCCAGGCGAGAAUUUCGGCAUCUUAAACACCCCUACUGUUGUGCUUUAAUAAAAACAACACAACGCGCAAGUUUUACAGAAUUCCACCCGUUUCAAGGCAAACAGGAGACAUCUUUGGUUACAAGGCAUCAGGAGAAACGAUUGGAAUGAGCAGAAUGACAACUUGUCUUCAUAUGAAGGGCAUGGGUUUGCUCUUCAUUCUCUGUCUGAUGGGCUUUGCUCCAUCCUGUGAUGGAGGAAACAUCUUGGUGCUUUCUUUAGAUGGCAGUCACUGGGUCAACAUGCAGGUGUUGUUGGAGGAGCUACAUGCUCGUGGACACAGCAUCACCAUCUUACGCUCCAGCGGCAGCUGGUACAUCAAAGAACAGUCUGAUGUGUACUCUACAAUCAACCUUCCCUCAAAGAUGGACUUAAAAGAUUUUGGUGUAUUUUUAGAAAGGCAAUUUCAGGCGCAAGUGGAGGGAAUUAGUGCUCUAAUCUCCCUGGCUCCUGAAUUUCUUUCCAUUAUUAUGAAGCUCCAUGAAAUGUGGCGUGGGGAUUUGAUUUAUAUAUUUAAUAAUAAAACACUUCUCAAAGAAUUAAAAGAUACCAAAUACGAUCUGAUGCUCACAGAUCCUGGAGUGGGAACAGGGGUGAUCCUGGCCAGAUACUUAAAGCUGCCAUUGGUGCUCAAUACUCGCUGGUUCCAUGCUCUGGAUGUCCACUUUUUAUUUGCUCCAUCUCCUCUAUCUUAUAUCCCAGUGACGGGCUCAGGAUUGACAGACAAAAUGAGCUUUUUUCAGAGAGUUCAAAAUGUGCUUUACUACAGUGUGGCACUGGCUCAUGAGUACUUAGUCACUCCAAGUUACAAUGCUAUCUGUGAAAAGUAUGUUGAGGAGGGGUGUAAUAUUGUCAAGCUUAUGCAGGAUGCAGAUAUUUGGCUCUUUAGGUCAGAUUUUGUGUUUGACUUUCCUCGACCCACAAUGCCUAAUGUCAUUUACAUCGCGGGGUAUUCAUGCAAACCACUGAGGGCUCUGUCUGCAGAGCUGGAGGACUUUAUGCAGAGUGCCGGAGAACAUGGAGUCAUUGUUAUGACUAUGGGAUGUUUUGUCAAUGCAUUGCCAAUUAAGAAGGCUGAAGAAAUAGCCAGUGUUUUCUCUAAACUGCCUCAAAAGGUGAUCUGGAGGCACUUGGGUGCACGACCCUCUACACUGGGCAACAACACUCUGUUAGUGGACUGGAUGCCUCAGAAGGACCUGCUGGGACACCCUCAGACCAAAGUCUUCGUGGCCCAUGGUGGGACCAACGGCGUCCAGGAGGCCAUCUACCACGGUGUCCCGGUGCUGGGUAUCCCACUGUUCUUUGACCAGUUUGAUAACCUGCUUCGUCUGCAGGACAGGGGCGCAGGAACAAUCAUAAGACUCAGUGAGCUGAAUGGAGACACUUUUGAGAAGGGCCUGAAGGAGCUGCUCCACCAGGAGCACUACAGGGACAACAUGCAGAGACUGUCCCGUCUGCACAGGGACCAGCCCCUGUCCUCCAUGGACCAGGCUGUGUUUUGGGUGGAGUACGUGAUUCGCCAUAAAGGGGCUCCUCACCUGCGUACACAGGCCUAUCAGAUGCCCUGGUACUCCUUCUACAGUGUGGACGUGCUGCUGCUGCUACUGUCUGCUGUCACUGGGACAGUGCUCUGUGUGGUGGCUCUGUUCAGACUCCUGUGCUGUAGGAACAGAACUAAGAUCAAACAACAAUGACCGGGUCAAAUCAUAAAUGUAUAAUUUUAAUAUACAUUUUUUAUGUAUAUAAUACCACUAUCUUUGUGAGUCCCAAAGGAAACAGUGAUUUUCCAUUUCAAUCAAACUUUAUCGAUAAAGCAAAAUGCAAA